GGAUAUCACCUCGAUAAAUCGAAUUACAAUCAGUUACUCUCGAACAAUAUCUCGAUUGCUGUAUGCAUUUCGUCACAAACACAACAUAUAUCCAACAUAUCCACAUGCACAAAACUGAAUUUCAUGUUUCGUUGUAUACGAAUUCAAAUCAAAAGUUAUUUUGAUGAAUUCCAAGCCAUAAUGCGUUAUAAUAAUUUGUAAUUGCGGGAAUGUUCAGUAUGAAUGUGUAUCAUCGUUAUGUUUUUUUUUUUUUUAUAAGUAAUAUUUGUAUAAACUAUUUCAGAUAAUUGAAAUAAUUUCAUUCAACUAUUUGGAAAGAUUAAUAAAAAUAAAUACUGAACUUAGAAUUAAAAGUGAUUUUGAUGAUAUAAGGGUUUGCUAGCAUAGAAAUAUUAUUGACAAUUAUUUGUUAUUAAUAGUUAUAGGCUACUUAGUAAACAUACAUUAUAAGUGGAAGAGAUACGAGAGGAAAAGAUCGGUAACCGAAGCAGGAGUUGCGGUAGGACUGGCUCCGAGAGGAAUUACGCAAGAGACAAAUGGAGCGAGCGACGGCCAGCGAGAGAGUGAAAUUAAAACAAAAUGAAAAGUGGGUACCCCCACCACUGACCUUGGCCCCUCCCACCGCGGGUGGAGGUGGUGGGGGCAGCUCUGCCCCGGCCCCAGUCGGUAGCUUCAGUUUUCAGUCAGCCGGCCGUCGUUCGGGCCACUUCGGGAGAGCAGUUUCAUGUCUCACACUGUUGCCUGACGUGUAGUGCGAGUGUUGUGCCUCUAGGAUAUUUUGAUAAAACUCUACUUCAAGUGCCAGUUAUGUCUGCCGCAGUCAUGUCGUCCUCAUUGUACGACUUCAGCGAACUUAUCAAGAUUCAAGUAGACCGACAAUUAAUGAAUCCUGUAAGUCUUCAGUCUGUCUACGCCUUGUGGAAGUCAGUCGUUGAGCAACAGCAACCUGCUGACAGUAAGCCAAGUUGGGAAAGCUUGGACUCUGAUGCUAGCAGACCGUUACCCUUGUCCCUCAUGACCACCUUCCUCUUGGAGAACAUCGGCCAGUCCCACAGAAAGCUGGAGAGGACGCAGUCGGAAACUGUCACAGUUAAACCUAGCCCUCCUAUCGCAGUAAAUACCUCAAGCAGACGAAAAGAGUCGUGUUUUCCUCACGCCGUAGAACGGGUUAAGGGGCAGCUGGAAAGAGCUGACUGCAGCUGGAUAUCCAUUUUAUGGCUCCGAUCUCCGAGCUCGAUGAAGAAACCCUCCUUGGAUAAGAGGCAUGAAGUACCGGAAACGCUAAUAAAAAAUGUGAUAAACACAAACUAUGCUAAAAACCGUGACAUUGUAUAUUGGCAAGGUCAGUGGCAUUCGCUUUGCGGGCCUUAUCAGAUUGGCAGGGUGUGCUGGCUCUCCGCCCUGGCCUUGCCCUUACAAAUUCUCAAAGUCAUUCCCACCUGGCCUGCGCGGAUCGUCCUCGGGCGGUGUCACGUCACGGUAUCUGGAGGAUGUGUGUUGGAUGAAUUUGGUAGAGAACCGAAGCGUCGACAGGUGAUAAAAGAGUACGGCGGACCACGCCCUGUUUACAUAACAGAGGUCGCUGCUCUGUCAGUUGUUGAUUGGCCAACAUUUGGCAGCACGCCCCGACCUUGCCCUUGGCCAAUGUACAAGACGGAGCUGUGCCGACCUUACGAAGAGUCGGGUACAUGCAAGUACGGGGAGAAGUGCCAAUUCGCCCACGGAGGGCACGAGCUGCGCUGCUUGGUGCGACACCCCAAGUACAAGACAGAGCUGUGUCGCACGUUCCACUCAGUGGGAUUCUGCCCCUACGGGCCGCGGUGCCACUUCAUCCACAACGCAGAGGAAGCAAGGAGCGGGCUGAGUCCCCGGCCUUCCUCCUCACCCACCUCCUCCCUCGCCUCUUCGCCUGGCUACUUCUCCUCGCCUCCUCAUUCUCCUCCUCCUUCACCCGCAUCCCCUGAGCGACUCCCCGUCUUCAAUAGGAUCUCGAAUACCCUCCUCCCAAUGCGCUUCGGCUCAGAGCUUAUAGCUUGAUGCCCAAGCUUCACCAUCCCUCAUCCUCAUCCCUUGGACCCUACCCCCAGUUCUUUCUAAUUGAACUUUUAUUUAUUUUUUUAAUUUACCAGUUGUGUUACAUUCCAAGCGGCUUUACCGCUCAACAGGGAUAUAAAGUGCCUUAAAAAAUACAGUUAUAUAUUUCAUUUUCUUGUUUUUGUUUUAGGUAUAUAAAAUUUUUAUUCUUAUAUAUGUAAUUAUUGAAAACAACUUAGAAUUUUUGUCAAAAUUGAGGUUUUUAAAUUAUUUAACUUGAAAUUUUUGUCAAAAUUGAGGUUUUAAAUUAUUUAACUGCUGUGGUGUGUUAUUCAUGUAAUGGCCAUAAACCAUACGUGCUUAUUACACCUCUCACUGAAAUUAACCUUUCCCUAUUUUUUAUACAAAUUUUAUUUGAAUUAUCGUGCUGUCCCUAGAGCCCUUUCGAAACUACGAAGGAGAUACGCAACUGAAAAUAUGUGAUUUUGUAGAUAAAACUAAAUAAAUAUUGAAUAAAAUCUUCAGACUUACGUCAUUUAUAUGUUGUUAUUUUUUGAGAUUUUAUAAGCUUAAGCUUUUUUUUUCUUUACAUUGUCUAAACUUAAGUAUUUUUGAUUACCAUCAUGAAUAUAGUCAUGUUUUUGGGAGUUAUUGUGGUUUCUGGCUCAAAUAGUUUAGUCUAAACAGUUUGUUUCUUUAGGUGCGCAACUUUAAGGUGCAUGCGCACAUGAGUUCCGCGGCAAGGUGCUGUCAUUAUGUUUUAUUUAUAAAUGAGCAAUAUAUGUAAUUUAUAUAGUGUGUAUAUCCAAUGUGUGUGAGUGUGAAAGUUACUAAUUUCAUUCUUGCAUUUUUUUCUUUUUUUUUCUAAUGUACAUCAACCUGGACGUGUUAUUUAUUUGUAUUUUUUGUGUAAGUUGUUAUUAUUUUUUUACUAUCCAUGAUAAGUUUAUUUAUUUGAUGUGGCUAAAGUGAUGCCCGUUACUAAUUUAAUAUGUAUUAUAUUAUAUAUAUAUAAAUAUGAUUAUAUCCUUGAUUCGCUGUGUUUUUGAUGAUAAUAUGCUACUUCCUCGUAUAUUUUCUAACAAAAGCUUCCAAGUUUCGAGUUUAAACUCAUUUGUAUUUGAGGAAAUUAUUUAUUUAUAUACAUUUACAGUAUAUUUAAUUUACCACUUUUAUUUUUUUUUUUUUAAUUGUGGAAUAUCAUGAAAAAUUUUAUUUGUUUUAAUUGGAAGAUUAAAGUUUAAAUCGAACUUGAUUCUUUUUUUAGUGGGAAAAAUUUUAAUUGGCAUUUAUUUCUUAUUUCACUUUUAUGAAAAACCUUUCAAAAUUGAUAUCUAUGAAAAAAUUUUAAAAAUUAAAAAAAAAACAAAAGUGUAAAUUAGAAUAUUGAGAAGUGAGUGUAUUCAAGUUAUCUCUUUUAUUAUAUAAUUAUUUUAUGUUGUAUAAGCUGUCUUUUUUAUUUGUAUUUAUUACAUAUUAUUUAUUAAUUAUCUGAUAAAGUUUUUUAUUAUUACAAUAUUUAUAACGGUUUAGUAGCACAUUUACCUAUUUAGGUUAUGUAAGAUCAUGAGUGCAAACUAUAUUGUAUUUAUCAAAAAAACAUAUAUUAAAAGUGUUUACAAAAUAUUUAUUAUUGUAUUUAUUAUAACCCCUGUCCUAUUCAAAGAUAUAACUAAUGUUUUCUCCUGUCAUGG